AUUUUGUUGUGUGUUAUGAUUUAGCCGGACCAUCACAGUGCACGCAAAGCCACCGUAUGUUCUUGGUAUUGACCUGGGAACCUCCACAACAUGCAUGGUUAUAAUCAAGGAAGAUGGCACAAGACAAGAUAUCGGAAUCUAUGUGGAUGACAGCGAUGUCGACCCGUGCAUACCAUCCAUUGUUGCUUUUGCUCAGAAUGGGGAACUUCUUGUUGGCGAGAAAGCAUUGCGCCAAGCUGUCGUUAACCCGCACUCGACAAUCUACGAGGUGUGUAGUUUGUUCUUAUUUCACUCUACGUCUUUUUUAUGACAUUGAUUAUUACAGAGAAGAUUUCUGCAGAGUUUUCAAAAGAAGGACCGUAGGAAGUCCGGCGGGUGAUAUAAAGUACGCCUAUUUUCGGCACACCUUAUAGCCAGGGUUUGUGGCUAGAAAGUACGGUCGGCACGAAGCUCUAGGAAGAUGUUCUGUGAUUGGUUGAUUAUGACAAUGACAAAAGAAUAAGCUAUAGAAUGGAUUUUCUAAAUAACGAAGCAAGAACAAUAUUCCUUUUGUUUAUGUAAGUCAAUUACGUCUUUUGUCAUUGUCAUAAUCAACCAGUCACAGAACAUCUUCCUAGAGCUUCGUGUUUACUGAUAAAGUACGUCUGAAUACAGCUAUUUAGUGGUAAAAAACAGACAUCUUUUUGGUGGCGUAUUUUCCACUCCAUACGUACAUGGCGGCCAUCAUGAGUGGCUUCAAAGAUGGCCGCCAAGUUAUCGUUCCAGUUCCCUUAGAGUUCCCCAAGGAUCUUAACAUUAUUAAGAAAGUUAGUAAAUUGGUUGUUAACAAAAGUUAUUAUUAUCAUCAGGUUAAAAGACUAAUGGGACGAAGUUAUUACGAUGAUCCAGAUCACAAGUUUGUCUACCGAGUCAGGCCAACGCUUAAAUCUCAUUCCCUAAAAGGCGUUCGUGCUGCCGUCGAGAUUCCGUGCGGAAAGUUUCGCAAGAAGCUCGUACAACCGGAGUUAAUUAGUGCACUGAUAUUACGUCAUGUUGCCGAUCAUGCGCAAAGGUAAUCACGUGAACUUUAUUUACCUAUAAUUAGAAUAUCAUUGUUUUUUAGCGUAUACUCGCGAUAGUGCUUUUCAUGCAAUUUCAUUAAUUGCUCAGCUUCGGAUAUUCUUGCACUAUUCACCUCCCGAAAAAUACAAAAUGGCUUCCCGUUUCGUUCGGUUUACGGAGGCAAAUGGCAGAACUCCCUUUUCAAGAACUCCCUUUUCAAAUGGUAGGACUCCCUUUUCAAAAGGCAGAGCUCCCUUUUCAAAUGCCAGAACUCCCUUUUCAAAAGGCAGAACGUCCUUUUCAAAUGCCAGAACUCCCUUUCAAAUGCCAAAACGUCCUUUUGAAAUGCCGAAACGUCCUUUUCAAUUGCCUAAACGUCCUUUUCAGAUGCCAAAACGUCCUUUUCAAAUGCCAAAACGUCCUUUUCAAAUGCCAAAACUCUCUUUUUCAAAUGCCAAAACGUCCUUUUCAAAUGCCAAAACGUCCUUUUCAAAUGCCAAAACGUCCUUUUCAAAUGCCAAAACGUCCUUUUCAAAUGCCAAAACUCCCUUUUCAAAUGCUAAAACACCCUUUUCAAAUGCCAAAACUCCCUUAUCAAAUGCCAAAACGUCCUUUUCAAAUGCCAAAACGUCCUUUUCAAAUGCCAAAACGUCCUUUUCAAAUGCCAAAACUCCCUUUUCAAAUGCCAAAACUCCCUUUUCAAAUGCCAAAACGUCCUUAUCAAAUGCCAAAACGUCCUUUUCAAAUCCAAAACUCUUUUUUCAAAUACCAGAACUCUUUUUUCAAAUGGCAGAACUCCCUUUUCAAAUGGCAGAACUCCCUUCUCAAAUGCCAGAACUAUGAAAACGAUCUUGACGAUCAUCUGUUUUCCUACAAUGUUUAUUGAAUCCCGUUAAUAACUUGAGCAGACUUCGAAAAUAAGCUAACUGUGUUAUUCAGGUACUUUGGAGUUGCUGUUAAAGACGUAGUCAUCAGCGUACCGGCACAGUUUGACGACGCCCAAAGAAAAGCGACCAUGGACGCCGGCCUGAUUGCGGGUUUGAAUCCAGUGAAGAUCGUGAAUGAGCCUACAGUGGCCGUCUUUGCUGCAAACAGCCUGACAGAGGUAAGUUUGUAUAGUUAAGAGUACGAGGCAAUUCCCGGCAUGACACAAUGUACAAACAGUGAUUUUGUUAUCAGGGACGUCGCGAAGUGUGGUUUUUUACUGUGUGAAAAGUUCGCGCGAGUCAAAAAUUAAUGGUUCUUUUUUAGUACUAAUGUAAACCAAUAUGAAAAACCAACAAUUAUUUUGAGCAAAUAUUUUCCAUUUUGACAACUUUUUGAACUUAAACACAACCAGUAGCGAUGACUCCCUGUUUGUUAUCCUUCUCAUACUUCUCAUCACGCAAUAUUUUUAUCUAGACCACCACUAAUCAUUUUGCACUCAAAACUCUAUUUUCAAAUGCCAGAACACCUUUUCAAAAGCCAGAACUCCCUUUUCAAAUGCCAAAACUACCUUUUCAAAUGCCAGAACUACCUUUUCAAAAUUACCACUUAACUGUAAUGCUAUGCAUUUAGUCUAUUAAUCCGAGAUUAUUAUUUUAUUAUCUUCAGAAAUUGCUGGCUGCCAAUGACGAGAUAGACAAUUCUGAAGAGGAGAAACAACGACACACCAUAUGGGCUGUAGUCGCAGAUAUAGGAGGAGGCACUACUGAUUACGCUUUAAUGCAAAUACAAGGCUCUUUUUACAAAGUUAUUACUACAGAUGGAGACAAGACCCUAGGCGGAAGAGAAAUCGAUAUACGACUGACUGAAGAGAUGACCCGUAUACUAGAAAAAAAAUAUAGUCACUUCAACUUAAACAGCUCUGAGUUUCAACAAAAGCUACGAAUUGAAUGUGAAAAUGCUAAGAUUGUCCUCAGCGAGAAACAGCAGUACUCCUUAACUGUGGAAUACGUGGACCAAGGUGAACGCACAGAGAGUCUACCUUUGGAGCAUUUAUUAACCCGAGUUGAGUUCGAGGAGUAUGUAUCUGGAAUUCUGGAAGCCAUGAUCAAACCGUUACAUUCCUUGUUGACUCGAGCUGGUGGGAGUAUUACAGAGACAUUUGGGCAAGGAAUAAAGGCAGAGAACAUCGAGGAUCUAUAUCUCGUCGGAGGCACCAGUCAAAUCCCGAAGUUGAAGAAGCUACUUUUGAGGUAUGUGUUUUAGUGAAUGGUUAGCCUGAGUGGAUAAUACAGCUGUUAUUCGCACAGGUGGGAGGGGUGGAGGGGGUAGAAUAGUGAAUACCUCUGUGACUAUGUUCGGUUUCCGAGUAACACUGGAUCAGUAGGGAAUGUAAGCUUCGCGUUUGAGGGCAACAGCAAACGGCAGGGUCAAGUUUUCUUCUUGGAAGAAUUUUCCUUUGCCCAGCAUUUGUCGUUUCAUUUAUGAACGCGAAACUCUCUAAUAAGAAUGGAAUGCCCCAUCUGGACAACAGUUUAGAACUGGUAGAAUUAUCCAGUAUAAAUAAAGUUAGUUUAGUUUAGGUUUCCUCCUAUAGUAACACUGGAUCAAUAAGAGAUGACCCUUACUGGACCUCUAGGAAGAACAGUUUAGAACUAAUAGAGCUAUCCAGUAUAAAUAGAGUCAGUUUAGUUUUAGUAUUUCAGUUAUAAAGAUUUAUAUUUUCUCAUUGUAGCUACUUCAGUAACGUGAAAAACGUCCGUCAUAAAGAUCCCGUCCAGCUAGUCAGUCGUGGAGCUGCCGCGUUUGGCGCAGCCCUUACUGGUCUGGUACAGGUCGGGAAAAUGCCGCGAAUAGAUGCUGUGCCGCUGCCAAUCAGUAUUGCAGUCGAUAUGGAUGACAUGCACGUGAUCUUUGAACGAAAUCGCCUUUACCCAUGCAUCGAGAAACGUACACUUACUACCUAUACUAAUAAUCAAAAUGCUAUAGUCAUCGAGGUGUGUACUAGAUUGAUAGUUUGAAAAAAGAAUAAAAGUUAAAUUAAACCAACAUUUAUACUGGAUAGCUCCAUCAGUUCUAAACUGUUCCUCCUAGAGGUCCACUAAGGAUCAUCUCUUAUUGAUCCAGUGUUACUACAGGAGGAAACCUAAACUAAACUAACUUUAUUUAUACUGGAUAGCUCUAUCAAUUCUAAACUGUUCUUCCUAGAGGUCCAGUAAGGAUCAUCUCUUAUUGAUCCAGUGUUACUACAGGAGGAAACCUAAACUAAACUAACUUUAUUUAUACUGGAUAGCUCUAUCAAUUCUAAACUGUUCCUCCUAGAGGUCCACUAAGGAUCAUCUCUUAUUGAUCCAGUGUUACUAUACAGGAGGAAACCUAAACUAAACUAACUUUAUUUAUACUAGAUAGCUCUAUCAGUUCUAAAAGGAAACCUAAACUAAACUAACUUUAUUUGUACUGGAUAGCCCUAUCAGUUCUAAACUGUUCUUCCUAGAGGUCCAGUAAGGAUCAUCUCUUAUUGAUCCAGUGUUAAUACAGGAGGAAACCUAAAAUUAUUUAUACUGGAUAGCUCUAUCAGUUCUAAACUGUUCUCUGUAGAAGUGCAGUGAGACUGAGAGCUAUCCCUUGUUUGUUUGAGCAGGAAUGUAAACUAAACUGUUCUUCCUCGAGUAUCCGUAUGUGCUAGUCCUUAUUACAGGAGGAAACCGAAACUAACCUAACUUUGUACUGGAUAGCUUUAUCAGUUUUAAAUUAUUCUCCCUAGUGGUCAACUAUGGGUACUAUUGGAUAGAUAGUUUAUUGAUGGAUUGAAUUAUGGUUUAUUUUCAAGGUCUACGAAGGAGAAGGUAGAACAGCAGAUGAAUGUCAUUUUCUUGGGGAAUUUGAACUCUCAGGUAUCCCACCAUUACCAAAGAAUGUACCAGAAAUUCAAGCUACGUUCAAGAUUGAUACUAACGGUAUACUGAGCGUGAAGGCAUCCUAUGGUGAUAUGGUUAAAGGAAUGAAGCUGGAUGUCUACUCUAAAUCUGGGGGGAUGAUUGGUAAAACAAGAGAUAAGAUGCAUUUGAUUUUGAGUCAAUUGAUGAGUCCGAGUUCUGAGGGACAAGCCAAGUGCGAAUUGUUGGAAGAUGCGACGCCAAUGAGUGUCAUUCCAGUGAAACCAAGAAAGUCGAAUGUGUUGAAGCUUUCUGUUGAUUCUAAGGUUAGAAAUUGUUGUCGUGUUUUAUUGUGCUCUGUUUGUGUUGAGGGUGGUGAUGAUGAGGGUUGUGGUGGUGGUGAGGGUGAGGGUGGUAGUGAUGAUUAUUGUGAUUGUGUUGAGGGUGGUGAUGAUGAGGGUUGUGAUGGUGUUGAGGGUGGUGGUGACGAUGGUGGUGGUGAUGAUUAUUAUGAUGGUGGUCGAGGUGGUGGUAAUGGAGUGCUGAUGGUGAUUAUGCUCAUAGUAUUGAUGGUAAAUAAUGAUGAUGGUUAUCUGAUGAUGGUAAUAAUUAUGGUGAUAGGAUGAUGAUUAUGAUAAUUGUGAUGCUGUUUAAUGGUACAUAGUUUGUAUUUCUUUCAGUACUCAAUAAUUAAACUUAAAAUUAUAUUUUUAUUAGUACGAUAGUGUCAAAAUGGUUGACAGUUCAGAUCCUAAUGCAUUGGUUCCCGCCAUUGGUAUGGUGACAGUCAAGGGUCUGGUUAUUGAUUACGACAGCGUUACCAAGGGAACCAAUCUCGACAUUGUGUUGGUGGUAGAUUUAAGUGGCAGUAUGGCGGGGGUUCCCAUAUCAACAAUGAAGACUGUUAUACUGCAUUUGAUUGAUAGUCUCAAGGAAAAUCAUCGUUUAGGUAAGUCGUCUGUGAGUCGGUCGAUCAGCCAGCCAUAAUUUUGUGUCAUUCACAUGGCUUCCUCCUCCAGUAACAAAAUAUUUUACUUCUCAUUCUGUUCAUAUAGUUCUUGCAUCAAAUAAUUCUUCUAACUCAUAAGUAUAUAAACUAUUAAUAUUAUUACUUGAUUUAAUAACUCUAUGUCUUUCUAAUAUACAAUAGUACUUUAAUAACCCUGGAUAUAAUUCUUUAAAUUUGUAAAUAGUUUAGUCAUAAUGAUAGCUCGAUAGCAGUUUGUAACUAGACAAGUUCACUUGUCUUGGGAGAACAGUAUUUUACUGAUUGUGACUCCUGUAUAAAUAAAGCUUCUAUUCCAUUCUAUUCUAUUCUAUUCUACAUACUAAUGCUAUUCCGUUUUACAGGAAUUGUGACGUAUGCGACAAACGUGUUUCGCAAUCUAGAACUAGUCAGUUGCACAGCGGGAAACAUGAGCAGAGCCAGAGAUAUAGUGAACGAUUUUUGGAUAAUGAGCUCGACAAACCUUUAUGGCGGCCUGUUAAGCGGCUUGGAGAUGGCUUACCAUGGAGGCAGACGUUCUCGAGUACUCUUAUUUACAGAUGGCCAUGCCAACGAUGGAAAGUGGAUAGAAAAUGACGACAUCAUACGGGAAAUUGUACGUGAGACGACCGCUUUACGAUCAAGAACGCAGGCGCAGGUCAUGCUUUCGACUUUCGGUUACCUAGGAAAACAUGACGAACUUCUGUUGAAAAAACUUGCUACAUACGUUGGAGGUGGAACUUAUAACUUCGUAAACGAAAAUACAGCGCUGGCUUCCACAUUCGCUAAAGUCUUAGGGGACGCCAUUCACACGAUUGCUGAAAAGAUUGAAUUGAGCAUCACGCCAUUGGAUAAAGUUCAAAUUGUAGAAGCCAUAACAAAUUUUCAAACAAGACAAGAAUCUGAGAAAUUGAUCUUUGAGAUACCAAGUACAGCAGAUCAACAAUCGCGGCAUAUUUUACUCCGGUUGGCUGUGCCGCCCACGACCGAGCCGUCUAUACACGCGGGACUGUAUCGCGUGGAACUCGCGUACACGAACACGCUGACGGAACGCGAAGAAGGUUAUUAUUAUUAUUUUUAGUAGUAAUUAUUAUAAUUUUGUUUAUCCGGUGAUCUAAAAGCCCAUUUCCACUCAAGAAAAAUUUCCACGGAUAGAAAAUUUUCCGAAAAUGUCAUUGUUUCCGACGGAAAAUUGUGUCGGCCAAUCACAUUUUACAAAAUUUUCUUUUAGACCGGACGCGAUUUGGCAACGCGACGCGAAUUUUCAAUGACAUUUAACUUUAAUAUUUUUCUAUGUUUUUCAAAUAUUCGGAACCACUUAGGCAAUUUUAGCUAUUUGGUCUGCAUAUCUUGUAAAAUUUUUAUCCGUGGACGGUUUUAUUUGUUUUUAAAACUGAAAUUUCGCGUCGCGUUGUCGAAUCGCGCUCGGUCUGUAUGGGCCUUUAAAGAGCAGGAAACCUCUUUUGACAUGUCAGCCACACCGCAGUACAUUUGUAGUGUUUGCACAAAUCUGGCUGCCAUUCAGUUGUGAUUGUUAGAUCAGUGACUGAGUCAUUAAUAUUUUUACAGGCAGCGAAGAAUAUUUCUACGUGGCACGAACUGAAAUACUCGAUGUGGAAACUAGAAGUCGUGAUGUAGAUGAACAGUUGAACCGCGUUUUUGUUGCAAGACAAAUUGAAUUGGCUUCGAAGGCUGAGAAUAGAGAAAAAUCUGUGGAGUUGUUAAAAGAAGCUUACGACAAGAUUCAAAAAUCCGAUUCAAAAAGUAUUUAUUUCAUUAAACAAUAUAUUAAUACAAUUUUUUUGCAUUUGCUCUGAGAGCACUAUUGCUCUCAUCUAGAGAGCAUCUAAUUACCCCACAUAUAUAAAUAUAAGGAGCAUGGGUGUAGAAGAUGCGGGCUUUUGUUUUGGGCGUCCGACAUUUUUUUGUUUGUUCCAAAAACUUACCCUUCUAUCUUUAACCAUGCUCCAUGACCAGACACGUGUCGUAUGGUAGUAGCAUGUUUGCAAAUCCGUUCAAAAACUCAUUAAUAAUUCAUGAGGAAAACACAAAGAAAAAUCAUAAGCGUGUCGUAUCUUUACAUGUGAUAGAGAUUUCCCUUGAUUUACAUUAACUUUGAUUUUCUCGACUUACACAACGUAUUUUUUGAAGCAAUAUAAAAUAUUCGCAGUGCGUGUUUUAUCAGACUAAAGAUACUUGGCUUCGCCUCGUAUCUUUGUAUCUGAUAAAACACUGUUGCUCAUGUUUUGAAUAACACUUCAAAGUUUUCAUAUAUUUUUUUCUACAGAACUGCACUGUUAUUUUUUUCAGGUCAUACACUGAGCGUGUGUUUGAGUGAAGAUUUGGAACAGUUGAUACAAGACGUUGAACAGGGGGAUUUUAAUACUGCCAAGAAAUCAUUGCAAGAUAGUUUGACAAGUCAUUGGCAGGAGAAAGGAGGCAGAGGCUCUUGUUAUGUCACCAGAAAGGAAGACAAAUUAAUCUCAAUAUUUACAAGUUAGAUUUACUAUAUUGUCUAAUAGGAAUGUUCCCACUGAUCUAAUAGGAUGUACCUAAUACUACUUUGCCGGAUACCAGAUGGUACCAGAGAGUAGUCUACCAGAUGAUAACUGGAUACUGAUGAUGGUACUUGGACAAUAUGUCAUUAACUUUUCAUCAUAAAAUAGUCCAUCGUCUGUUUAGUAUGUGGCACAAGGAUCAUCUGACAAUAUACAACACAGAGCAGUUUACAUCACAAAAAACUUUCGUUUUAAUGUGUCCCAUGUCCGGUAGACUAGUUGUUUGUGUUUUACAAUAUCUUAAUACAAAACAGUCCCAGUACCAUCCAGCAGAUUUGAACCGAAUAGUGCCAGAUAGCCACGGUUUGUGGAUAUACAGUACGCUGGAGUUUGGCAUACCGUACCUCCAGUACGUAACCGUUCUCUGAAAUCUACAUGUGUAGGAAAUUUUAUAUUUGGCUUACACAGGAAAUUAUUAUUUUUGAAAUUUGUUGUUCAUGUUUGCAUCUCGUGUUCAUAUUUUGCCAAUGUGUAUAUUUUUCAGGUUUAAACAAGUCACACAAGUGGAGUGGAACAGAUAUACGCCUAAUCAUAAUCCUAGCAUUCUGCUCGUUAAUAGUGAUUGUGUUCAUUGGUUAUACUUAUAAAAAGAAAUCUGGGCAAAGCAAGAUUGUCUCUCGGGAUUCGCUUAACCCGGCAAAUAACUCACGUUUGUUCAUUUUAUAGUUUACUUUAUUGCUGAUAUUAUGUUCUCGUUUUUCACCUACCAAAUACAUGUCAACAAUUAUUUUACUACCAAAUAUCAACCAAAUUAUUACUAAAUAUGCCAAACUCGCGACACUCUCCCCCUAUUUUAUACUGUUUGUAUUAAAUAUGAUCCUGUCCGUAAUGUAAACCUUAUUAACUAGAAGUUUAUGAAUAAAUUUACUGUAUCGUUC